AUGUUACAUGAUACAGUCAAUACCGCACUUGAACUUGAAUUCAGUGUACUAGAAAUCAAUCUUAGAAAUAUGUGGUAUCAACAUGGAUACACUGGACUGCGAUAUUUCCAACAACAUAUCGCAGAUAUCUAUCAAAGAUUUCAGCUUCUAGUCGACGAGGACCGAGUAGAUCCUGAUACGGUUCGAGCGGCAGAAACAGCAUGUAAUGACCUCUUAGCUCUUCAAGCAGUUCCAAAUCAAACUUGGUUACCAUACGUGACUGGUAUCAGAAGAAGAUUAUCUCAAUCAGGAGAAUCAAAUUCUAAUUUAUCAAUCACUUCUUCACCUCAAGAAUCACCAGUGGAAGAGAAAUCAAUUGAGGGUAUCUCCGUUCCUGUUCGACUUGACAAAGGUCAGAAUCUCUCGGAAACGGAAAUGACGUAUCCUCAUCAAUUUGAUUUGUUGACUGGAUUGAUGUGA